CCCUUUUCUUUUCUUUGCUUUUGCAUAACUUGCUUCUGCCACCUUCCUGCCGCCCUGAUCACACUGGGCUCUCUACUCCCUACCACUCCCCCCCCCCACCUUAUAAAUGCCGCAGCGACACACCCUGAGCCUGGGCUAGCUGUCGAUAGACCUGUUAUAAAUUUCUGCAGCUGGGUACCUGGACGGGUGGGACGACAUCCUAGCUGCCGAGGAAACUCGUGCACUUUGAGUGGAGGUCGCGAGGAGGAGGAGGAAGUGGAGCUGGUGGUUUGUGGCGCCAGGAGCCCUGGUGUUUCGAUCUGUGAGCCUUGUUGUAAGGGGACGUGAUGCGUGACUACAUGACGUUUCCGGAUUAUUUUUACCAGCAGCAUUAUGCAACUCUGCGUGCGUGCUGUAGGUGCAGCUCAUGAUCGCGUGUGGAGCUGGUUCGUGGCUCAUUCAAGAGUCGUUGUGAAUUAGGGGGAGUCUGUCAGUUGGGUCCUGGCUGUCGGUCUUGGGGUUUCCGCAGCGUUGUUGCGGAAUCAUCGAGAAGUGAUCGUGAAAUGUUGGUGUGGAGUUUCUACACUGCGAUGUUGCUGGGUUGAAACUAAGUUAGUAUGUCUAGUGGGAGAAAGACCUUGGCGGUGGUGGUACUGUCCUAGGUUCAAUGUCUAUAUGACGUGCCGGUGGCGAGAGAAGAACUACAGUUGAUUCAUUCAUCAAGACUUGCCAUUGAAUUCAGACUUUACUCGAAUUGAAAAUGUCACUGGGGCGUUCAAACAUGGAAGGUGGUGGAGCGCCUCUAGUUAGGGGGCCAUCAAUCGACAUUAAAAUCCGCCCCGCUCUGCCAGAUUUUCUGAAGACUGUGAACCUCAAGUAUGUAAAACUCGGGUACCACAUUGUCAUAUCGCACGCCAUGUACCUCCUGAUGUUGCCCGCUUUGCUCACCAUCUUGGCCGAAGUUGGCCGUCUCAGCCACCACGACGUCGGUGAUCUCUGGAGGCAGCUUCAAUACAACCUGGUGAGCGUGCUUCUCACCACUGGAGCUCUUGUUUUCGGCUUCACAUUGUACUACAUGACCCGCCCAAGACCUGUAUACCUCGUAAACUACGCUUGCUACAAGCCCGAGGAGAAGAACAAGUGCUCCCACAAGCGCUUUGUGGAUCGAUCGGUCGAUUCCGGUUUUUUUACCCACGAGAACAUCGAGUUUCAGAGGAAAAUCAUCGAGAGGUCUGGAUUGGGGCAAGAGACGUAUUUGCCACCGGCAGUGCUUGUGACAUCGCCAUGUCCCAACAUGGCUAGAGCGCGGGAGGAAGCCGAACAGGUCAUGUUCGGUGCAUUAGACGAGCUGUUCGAAACGACGGGUGUGAAGCCGAAGGACAUUGAGAUUUUAGUUGUGAACUGCAGCUUGUUCAAUCCAACGCCGUCGCUCUCGGCUAUGAUCGUCAAUCAUUACAAAAUGCGUGGAAAUAUCCACAGCAUCAACCUCGCUGGAAUGGGAUGCAGCGCCGGUAUCAUCGCCAUCGACUUGGCUAAGGAUCUCCUCCAGGUGCACCGAAAUUCGUACGCCAUUGUCAUGUCCUUCGAGAACAUCACCCUGAAUUGGUACUUCGGCAACGACAGGUCGAAGCUCGUCUCGAACUGUAUCUUCCGGAUGGGGGGCGCGGCCAUUCUCCUCAGCAACAAGCCAAGCGCUUUGUCCAAGUCCAAGUUCCAACUAGUGCACACGAUGCGCACCCACAAGGGCUCCGACAGCAAAAGCUUCGAGUGCGUCUACCAGGAGGAGGACUCUAACGGCAAGUUGGGCGUCUCCCUCUCCCGCGACUUGAUGUCUGUCGCGGGCGACGCUCUCAAGGCCAACAUCACCACUCUCGGGCCUCUCGUCCUCCCCCUAUCUGAACAGCUCCUCUUCUUCGCCACACUCGUCGGCCGCAAGCUCUUCAAAAUGAAGACGCUCAAGCCCUACAUCCCGGACUUUACCCUAGCAUUCGACCACUUCUGCAUCCACGCAGGAGGACGCGCCGUGCUGGACGAGGUGGAGAAGAACCUGAACCUCACCGCCUGGCACAUGGAGCCUUCUCGCAUGACCCUGUACCGAUUUGGUAACACGUCCAGCUCCUCUCCCUGGUACGAACUGGCGUACUCCGAGGCCAAGGGCCGCGUCAAGCGAGGCGACCGCGUGUGGCAAAUCGCCUUCGGUUCCGGAUUUAAAUGCAACUCCGCCGUCUGGAAGGCUCUCCGGUCGCUGGAGCCGCCCGCGCGGGGUGUGUGGACGGACUGCAUCGACAAGUUGCCGGUUGAAGUCCCAACUGGUGCAAAUCUAGCGUCGGCGACACUAGAAUCGCCUUCGCAUUGAUCCGUUCCAGUGCUAGACCGCAGCGCACACCCUCACAUCUCACCACGCACUCCAGGAUAACACAAGCCAAUUUGUAAGAAUAAUCAGACUCUAUGCUCAUCAGCACUCGCCUCGAUGGUUCCGUCUGCCGCUACUGCUUGCACUAAGAGUCGACAAUACUGCGGGAACCCGAACGGGAUCCGUCGACGUCUCGGUUCUUAAGAACUGGGAUCAGUUUGUGAAUCUAUGUGCAAGCAGACGAGGAUCUGACACUGCGAUGCGAUGCGGGAGCACUGGGACGGAUCCUCCGCCGCGGCCUCGCCAUUGAAGAUCGACUCGCGGCGUUUCCUUGUUUCAGUGGCGCAGGCAUUUGGAGGUGCUCCGCUGGUCGACAGAGAUCAUCCGCUCGCUGACGGACAGAAUCGUUCGUUCUUCUGCCACGUAUGCAGCAAAAAGAGCAGGAUUAGACAAUCUGGAUGUGGGCAUACUAGAAAUGUGAUGUAAAUGAAAUGAAAUGAAAGGCAGCUUCUAAAGAAAAUGCACUCUCUCUCUCUCUCUCUCUCUCUCUCACAUCCCUUUGCACAUUUUGAAGUGUAUAUCGUGCUUAGGUAAUCAGAUUAUUGAAGAAUUGUUCAAAAUAAUGCACACUUUUUAUUUUCAUAUAU